UGGUCCCCCGGCCAGAGUCUCAGCUAUAAAGGCAGCCCACGCAUGACGGCUGUGGCGAAGCUGGGGUAGCUGCGGUGCUCGCCAGCUUUCAGCCCCCGAGGCGCCCCCUCUACUCUUUGCCCCCUGAGCUCUCCUGACUCUACCAUGCCGAGGGGCUUCCUGGUAAAGCGAACUAAACGGACAGGCGGCUCAUAUCGAGUGCGCCUAGCUGAGCGGGGCUUCCCCAGGCUGGGGCCCCAGGGGGCGCCGCCCUUCCCCGAGGAGGCUUCCAAUGCCCCCCAGCCCAGUACGGAGCAGGUGGCACCCCCCACCUUGGAGGAGGCAGCGGUGGCCCGUGAACUGUCGGGGUCGUCCUGUCGGGCGGCUAGGGUGAGCCUGGGGGAGGACAGGCAGGAAGGUGCUGCGGAGUGGAGGGCGGAUGGUAGGGAGGGUCCCGGGCCAAGCCCCAGCCCCACGAAGCCGGCUGGCGCGGAGCUGCGCCGGGCAUUCCUGGAGCGCUGCCUCAGCUCACCCGUCUCUGCAGAGUCCUUCCCUGGGGGUGCCGCCGCCGUGGCUGCUUUCUCCUGCUCGGCGGCGCCAGCAGCUGCACCGACCUCGGGGGAGCAGUUCCUGCUGCCGCUCCGGGCACCGUUCCCAGAGCCAGAGUUCCACCCAGACCCUGCGCCCCUCUCGGCCACCCUGCAUUGCCUGAAGCGGGCCGCUGGCAAUGAGCGCCGUGCCAAGGCACCACCGGGCUGCACGUCUGGACCUGCGGCCGCCGGAGUCAAGAAGCCAAAGGCGAUGAGGAAGUUGAACUUCACUGAUGAAGUGACCACGUCCCCUGUCCUGGGCCUGAAGAUUAAGGAGGAGGAGCCCGGAGCACCAUCCCGGGGUCUGGGGGGCAGCCGCACGCCACUGGGGGAGUUUAUCUGCCAGCUAUGCAAGGAGCAGUACGCGGACCCUUUCGCUCUGGCUCAGCACCGCUGCUCCCGCAUCGUACGCGUCGAGUACCGCUGUCCUGAGUGCGACAAGGUCUUCAGCUGCCCUGCGAACCUUGCCUCCCAUCGCCGCUGGCACAAACCGCGUCCCGCAGCGGCAAAUGCCUCCACAGUGUCUUCAGCCGACAGGAAGCCGCCUCCUUCGUCUUCCUCGACCUCCCCAGACUCUGGGGCUGUUGCAUCUUUCUUGGCGGAGGGGAAGGAGAACAGCCGGGCAGAGCGAGGGGCCGAUCAGCACCUGCAGGCGAGGGACAGCUCCAGGGCGGAGCAGCACCAGGACAGCGCCGCGCACCAGAGCCUCCCGGUGCUGUCCCACCCUGAGCCACCGCUGCCUCAGGUCCCUUAUACGGAGGGGGUGUUGGGGCGCCGGAUGCCUGGGCCAGGUAGUGCCAGUGGUGUUGGGGGACCCGAGAUCUUCAUGUGUCCCUAUUGCCACAAAAAGUUCCGUCGCCAAGCCUAUCUGCGCAAGCACCUAGGCACUCACGAGGCAGGCUCCGCUCGUGCGCUUGCCCCGGGCUUUGGCUCCGAACACUGUGCCCCACUCGCCUUCGCUUGCCCACUGUGCGGGGCGCACUUCCCGUCCGCUGACAUCAGGGACAAACACCGGCUGUGGCACGCGGUCCGCGAGGAGCUGCUCCUGCCUGCUCUGGCCGGGGCUCCCCCUGAAGCACCGAGCCCAGGCGGAGAAUCCGACGGGAGUGCUCAGCAAAUUUUCUCAUGCAAGCACUGCCCGUCCACUUUCUUUAGCUCCCCGGGGCUGACCCGGCACAUAAAUAAGUGCCACCCCUCAGAAAGUCGGCAGGUACUGCUGCUGCAGAUGCCAUUGCGGCCUGGCUGUUGAGGAAGAUGAGGAAGAUUGUGCGGUUGGCCUUGGAGAAAACAGAUAAUGGGAACUUCUGUGGGGAUUUCUUGAAUUUGCAAGUUUACCCUCUUUCCUGCCUCUAUUUUUCUCUCCUAAAACUCCCAGUAGUCCAUGUUCCGCCAGAGAAGCGGACAGCAAAAUGUAAAAUCCCUCUCUAGAGCAGGUAUGUAUAUGGUAUAAACAUUCGUGGUAAAGGACCGUCACUUUAAAGCCUUCUUGCUUUCCCCACGAAAAUAGGAUUUUCCCCCUCACUCUGGAGACCCUAAUGAAUCCUAUAUGACUUGUAAUUCCUAUGGAAAGUCGUAGUGAAUGCGUGCAUGUUUCAAUAUCUACAAAGGAUUCUAGCUACCAAAAAUGGUAGUCCUUAAUUUUUUUUUUUUUUCUCUUGCCAUCGCAGGCGCCUAUGUAGUUUCUGUCUCAAUAGGGUCAGAUAUCUUGCAUUGUAUAUUCUGUGAAUUGAAAGUUAUGUGAUUGGUGCCAAACUUAA